GAAUGCAUCUGAUAUGAGAUUUGAUGCUCCUCAACACUUCUGGAAUGAUUAUAGGAAAAAAGAACAAAAGUAUUGGAAGGAACAUAGUGUGCUCCCAAUUCACCUUGAAGUUGGAGCUUUGCUAAGGAAAGAGAUGGCAACUGGGAAUGAUUCAACAGUCCCCUCUGAUGCUGCCACUGAAGUUAUGAUGGACGUGACAGGUACUCAUGUUGAGGGAAUAGGGAACAAUGAUGGUGUUGACUAUGAACCUAUUGAAGAAGAAGAAAGUGUUCCUUCCACUCCCAUUGGUAGUACCAGUCGUUCGCGAGGAAGACCUCGUGGGUCCGUCAAUAGUGGCAGAGAAAAGAGGAAGAAGGGUGUAGCUGAAAAGGUGGUAAGUCCAUUGAAAUCGAUUGCUAACUCAAUCGAGAAGAUGGUAAUGAGUGAAUCUCAGUCUGAAUUUGGGAGAGCCAUUAUAGAUGUUGUUGAUGCCAUUCCAGACCUCAAUUUUCAACAAAAGUUUAAGGCCAAGGAAUAUUUCAUGGCCAAGCGGAAUUCUGCCAUUAUCUUCUUGAGAACAAAAGUAGAAGAUAGGCGAAAUUUACUUGAGAUGUACUUACCAGAGAUUGAGAAGAAUUGAGGUGAUAAAAGUAAGUGUUUGGAUGGAUAUCCGACAAUGGUUUUAUUGAGCAAGAAAAUGUAUCUGUUUGGUUUAAGUAACUUUUGGUUUAUGUUAAGUCUGUGACAAUGGAUUAAAUGUAGUAUUAAGACAGGUUAAGACAAUGGUUCUUCAUAUGUUUCUAUCUGAAUGAUUUCAAGGUUUAAAUAUGGACAACAUCAUUCUUAUUUGUC